CCAUACACGUGCUAUGGUUGAUACUAUAAAAAACCUCGUCAGCGUCCAAGGAAAAGAAAUUGUAUAGUAGCUAACAAUAAGUAAUUGAUCCAUCGCUCGUUAUAUAGCAGAAUAAUAACCAGUAUCCGUCUGGUUCGUGGAUGGCACCACCGCCGGCGACGUCGAGAAGAGGUCCUCUCGUCGUGCCGCUGCUGCUGCUGCUGGCGGCGCUCGACGUCGCAGGUGCGAGCGGCCACAAGCCCUUGACGCCCGGCGGGCGCCUGGUGCACCACAACCACGGCAAGUUCACGGCCGGCCCCUGGAAGCCCGCGCACGCCACCUUCUACGGCGGGCGCGACGGCUCCGACACGACGGCGGGCGCGUGCGGGUACAAGGACACGCGGGCGGAGGGGUACGGCGUGCAGACGGUGGCGGUGAGCACGGUGCUGUUCGGCGACGGCGCGGCGUGCGGCGGAUGCUACGAGGUGCGGUGCGUGGACAGCCCCCACGGCUGCAAGGCGGCGGCGGCGGCGCCGCUGGUGGUGACGGCGACGAACCUGUGCCCGCCCAACUACCAGCAGUCGAGCGACAACGGCGGGUGGUGCAACCCGCCGCGGGAGCACUUCGACCUGAGCAUGCCGGCGUUCCUGCAGAUCGCGGAGGAGAAGGCCGGGAUCGUGCCCAUCUCCUACCGGCGGGUGGCGUGCGUGAAGCAGGGCGGCAUCCGCUACACCAUCACCGGGAACAGGUACUUCAACAUGGUGAUGGUGACCAACGUGGGCGGCGCCGGCGACCUGGCGGCGGUGUCGGUGAAGGGGAGCAAGCGCGUCAAGUGGACGGAGCUGAAGCGCAACUGGGGGCAGGUGUGGCAGACCGGGGAAGACCUCACCGGAGAGUCGCUGACGUUCCGGCUGAUGACCAGCGACCACCGCAAGGCCACAUCCUGGCACGUCCUCCCCACCAACUGGCAGUUCGGCGUCACCUACGAGGCGACCAAGAACUUCUAGUCAUUGCAGAUCACAUGCAUCUUCAUCAGAUCAUUUGUAUCCGCCGCAACUAGCCAUUGCAUACUAAUUAAAUUAACUGAUGAGCAA